GCGCGGCCCCCGCUGACGACCGGGGGCGGGGCGGGGGAGCGGGCUGUGGCCCCGCCCCCGGCCGCCAUUGCCGGGCCUGUGGGGCCGCUCUGCGCAGCUCGCUGGCCAUCCGUCGCCAAGCGGAAUAGCGGGGUGGCCCGCUGGACAGGGCACCCGUCCCUGACCGAGCCCGCGUCUCUCCACAGCCAGCGCGCACGGUCCCCAAACAGUGCACCUGCCGGCGGUCCCAACCCAACGGGAGAAGUGGACAUGAGGUUGGCAGGCCCCCUGCGCAUUGUGGCCCUAGUCGUCACUGUGGGUCUCACUUGGAUCAUAGGCAGCAUCCUCCUGGGUGGGCCUGCCAGUGGCUUUCCUCGCAUCCAGCAACUCUUCACCAGCCCCGAGAGCGCUGUGACUGCAGUCCUGACCUUCCCCUCUCAGAUCUCAGGUGACCCCAGGCCCAGGCCCACAGGUCACACCUGCUGUCCCCGCCCAGAGCCACGGGCCAGGAAGUACAAGUGUGGCUUGCCCCAGCCAUGUCCUGAGGAACACCUGGCCUUCCGCAUGGUCAGUGGAGCUGCCAACGUCAUUGGGCCCAAGAUCUGCCUCGAGGACAAGAUGCUAAUGAGCAGUGUCAAGGACAACGUGGGCCGUGGGCUGAACAUCGCCCUGGUGAAUGGGGUCAGCGGUGAGCUCAUUGAGGCCCGGGCUUUUGACAUGUGGGCUGGAGAUGUCAAUGACCUGUUGAAGUUCAUUCGGCCACUGCACGAAGGCACUCUAGUGUUUGUAGCAUCCUACGACGACCCAGCCACCAAGAUGAACGAAGAGACCAGGAAGCUUUUCAGCGAGCUGGGCAGCAGGAAUGCCAAGGAGCUAGCUUUCCGGGACAGCUGGGUGUUUGUGGGGGCCAAGGGCGUGCAGAACAAGAGCCCCUUUGAGCAGCAUGUGAAGAACAGUAAACACACCAACAAGUAUGAGGGCUGGCCCGAGGCGCUGGAGAUGGAGGGCUGCAUCCCGCGGAGGAGCAUGGCCAGCUAGCGUGGCAUGCCAGGCUCAAGGGGCGAGACGCCACCAGCGCUGCCAGCACAGGGCCGAGGCACCUGCCCCGUGCCUCACAGUGAGGCAAGAACAUUCCCUGACCCCAGCACAUCGGACUCCGAGAUGGCACCAUAUCUUGGACGCACAACGUGAGGUUGCAGGGGCUGGCCCCAUUGCACUUUGUCAUGGGAACCCAGGUAGCUGUCGCCUCCUUUUCUUAGAGCUGCUUCCCUGAUGAGGCCCCAGGCCCCCUUUCCUCCUGGGCCCCUCCUGCCUGGAGGGGCCCUGGGUGCUCACCCCUCUCCCUGGAUGAGGUGGCUAGCGGCUACCUGGCAGGCUAGAGCAUCUUCUGGAACCUCCCAGCAGUGCAGGCUGGAUGUACUUCCAGAACGAGUCCGCCCUGUGAGCCAUACCUGGUGGCCACUUCUGAAAGCCCAAGUGCAGGCUGCCUCCUGCCUCAUCCUCCACCUGAGAUGGAGAGGUAGCCUGAGCCUGAUCACACCACGUGGGGUGGCUUCUGUGCUUUGUCAGAGGGCUUGCCUUCUAGAUGACCUCUUAAUAAAUUCUUGGCCCUCAGCGGAAUAAAGUGGAUUCAGAUGUCA